AUGACUACAGAGAAAAGAGUUGGUUGAAGAUUACUGAAAAAAUGAAAGAUAUGGGAAUGGGAGUUGAGAGUGAGCUGAAGAAGUUGAUUAUGGCAGUGGUCACCACAUUGGCAUCCUUAUCCUAUUGCCACCACAUUGCAGCAAAUACCCCCAAGGGCUUGCCUAGGCUUCUGGCCCUCCUCCCUGCCAUUACCCUCCUAUCUAUCAUCCCCUUCAAACUUCACACCAUCUAUCUUGGUCCCCCGCUGGUGCUUCUCCUCUCUUGGCUCACCAACUUCAACCUUCUAGCAUUCGCCUUCGAUCACGGUCCCUUAUCGUCACCACCGGCUAGGCAUGUGUUCAUCCUCAAAGCCUGUUCUCCAUUCAAAAUCAAACAACCCAUUCACUCCAAAGUUCCUUUAACUUUGAUUCUAGAGGCCGCUUGCAAAGCUUCAUUAUGGCUAGUUUUAUCCUUCGUUUCUCAUCAUUACAAACAAUGUUUUCACAAACAUGUUUGGUCACUCCUUUUCGGAUUCCAAAUUUGGGUUGGGGUAGAAGUUAUUUUCACCAUGGCCGCAAUCCCAGCACAGCUCGUCUUUAGGGUUGAUCUCGAGCCACAGUUCAAAUCACCUCUCUUUGCCUCUUCGUUGCAAGAUUUUUGGGGCCAUAGGUGGAACCUCAGGGUCUCGGAGACGUUACGUCUCGUCGUAUACGACCCUAUACGAAGUAUAUCGAUACGUACAAUCGGAGCCAGAUGGGGUUCACUACCGGCUGUUUUCGUUACGUUUGUCACCUCUGGUCUUAUGCAUGAACUGGUUUAUUACAAUAUAUUGCGUGAAAACCCUACGUGGGAGAUUACUUGGUUCUUUGUUUUACAGGGAAUUUUGGUGGAUAUGGAGAUCAUAUUGAAGAAGAAGGUCGAACUGAGGCUUCACAGGGCCAUUUCAGGACCAUUGGCUCUGGCAAAUCUCACGCUCACUUCUGUCUGCUUAGCUCUUGCACCGCUCUUGAGAAAUCGUGUAGAUGAAAGGAUAAUCCACGAAUUCUACGUGUUUUUGGAUUUAUUUUCCAUUUUUAGGAUGGAUUGAUUUGCGUAAUAUAAAUCACAUUGUGAAAAAAAUAGGAUGUAAUAUUAUUUAUAUAUAAUUGACAAUUUUAUGUGUGUUUGUUUAGU